UCACCAACACUCGGCAACCUUCUUGUAGUAAGGCCAUCGCUGCUCAUCGCCCAAGAUGAUCAAGAUCUGGUCGAUGAAGAAGGAUGAGGAGUCGGCAAAGAAGAAGAAGCCAAAGACGAGCCCGGCUCAGCUCAGGGUGCAAAAGGACCUGACCGAGAUGGAAUUGCCCAAGACCAUGAAGACCAACUUCCCUGACCCGGCCGAUGUUCUCAACUUCACCCUCACCAUCGAGCCCGAUGAGGGCAUGUACAAGGGAGGCUCCUUCCUCUUCACAUUCGCAAUCAACACCAAUUACCCGCAUGAGCCGCCCAAAGUCAAGUGUACGCAGAAGAUCUACCACCCCAACAUAGACCUACAAGGCAACGUCUGCCUCAAUAUCCUUCGCGAGGACUGGAAGCCCGUCCUCAACCUCAACUCCAUCGUCGUUGGCCUGCAGUACCUCUUCCUCGAACCAAACGCAGGCGACCCGUUGAACAAGGAGGCUGCUGAUGAGUUGAGGCGGGAUCGCGGACAGUUUGCUAGCACAGUCAAGAGGACCAUGGCUGGUGGGAGCGUCAAGGGAGUCACGUAUGAGAAGGUGUUGAUCAAGUAG